UGCAUCUAUCUCAUUGCUAAAAAGAGAUAUGAUUAAAUUGAUAACCUCUUUUUAUCUUUAUUUUGUAAUUUGUUUUAUAUCGAUUUCUGGAACAUUCUACACAGCAGAUUCUCAGUAGGCAGUGAACUUAAUUAUUGUGCCCACAAUAAAAAUAUAUAUUAAAUUUCUGUGAAAUUUUCCAAACUGCAUUAGUAAAAAGACCUCUUGUGAACAUCGGUCGAAGGUUUCUAGCAAGCAUGGCUGAAGCUCUAAAAACUCAUGAAGUCAUUCCUGACGUGGUUGAUACUGUCCCAGCUGCUGUCGCUAAAGUAUCUUAUCCAAGUGGUAUCAAUGUGGAAAUUGGCAAAGAGUUGACUCCCACCCAAGUAAAAGAUCAACCAACUGUUGAUUGGAAUGCAGAUGAUAGCAGCUUUUACACCUUGUGUAUGACAGAUCCAGAUGCUCCUAGUCGUAAAGAGCCCAAGUUCCGUGAAUGGCAUCAUUGGCUAGUUACCAAUAUCCCUGGUAAAGAUGUUUCAAAAGGAGAUGUUUUAUCUGCAUAUAUUGGAUCUGGUCCUCCACCAGAUACUGGUCUGCAUCGUUAUGUUUUCCUAGUAUACAAACAACCUGGAAAACUCGAUUUUGACGAAAAACGCCUUACAAAUAGAAGUGGAGAUGGUCGUAACAACUUUUCCAUCAAAAAGUUUGCCCAAAAGUAUAACUUAGGAAAUCCUAUUGCUGGCAAUAUGUAUCAGGCUGCUUUUGAUGACUAUGUACCUAUUUUAUAUAAACAACUUGGGGGAUAAAUAUGUGACAAUGACUUUUAUAUGUUCAACCUGCUUUUAUGUAUGCAUCUUAUUUUUAUUAUAUUCCGGUAAUCAAAAUGUUCUAUCAAGGUCUAAUGUUGAUGUUGGAAUUUAUAGAAAUUUGUUUAAUAACUGAAUAAAGAUAACAUCACUUUAUGUAUUUUUGA